AAGGCGCCAUUGAAUUGUUUUGCCGGUGGACAGACGCAGAAUCACCGCGGCUGUGUGCAACUCACAGAAGCGAAGCGGCCGUCGGCUCCCCUGCAUUGCUAUAUUCUAACAAGCGAGUCUCUCUGUUUUUAUUAGACCAUCUACGCUAAAUCGACAAGAUGAGUGAAAUCAACGUGAAAAAGCUUAAGGUGAACGAGCUGAAGGACGAGCUAAAGAAGCGGCAGCUCUCCGACAAGGGGCUGAAGGCCGAGCUCAUGGAGCGUCUGCAGGCCGCGCUCGACGCAGAGGCCCAGGCCCAAGAGGAAGAAGCGACCGCGCCAGAAACUACGGAAGGAAACGAUGCCGAUGGAAACGGCGUUGCAGCCGAACAAGAAGCUUUGGGUGAAGAAGAGCCGGAGGGGGAAAGCAUGGAAGCCGAGGAGCAGAAUGGGGACGACGAAGAAGCCGCCGGUCAGGACGACGAAAUGGGAGAGGAGGAGGAUGGGGACGCCGGGGUGGAAAUAGACAAAGCCUUAGACGAUGAAGAGGAUGAGGAAGACGACAUCAUUGACAAAAUCGACGUUGAAGACGGGGAUGCGGACAAAGACAGCAGUGCUGAUCAGAAGAAUAAGAAGGGUGUUAAGAGACGCCGAGAGGAUCAUGGAAGGGGCUACUUUGAAUUUAUUGAAGAAAGCAAAUACAGCCGGACCAAGUCUCCUCAGCCGCCUUUGGAGGAAGUGGAUGAAGAGUUUGAUGACACCCUGGUCUGCUUGGAUCCCUACAAUUGUGACCUUCACUUCAAAGUGUCCCGGAACCGUUACAGCGCCUCCUCUCUUACCAUGGAGAGUUUUGCUCACCUUUGGGCAGGUGGCCGUGCAUCUUAUGGUGUAAACAAAGGCAAAGUCUGCUUUGAAAUGAAGGUCACUGAGAAAACCCCAAUCAAGCAUUUAAACAGCAAAAUCAUGGACUUCCAUGAUGUCCAUAUUGGCUGGUCUCUGGCUAAUGGAUGUCUGUCACUGGGUGAGGAGGAGUUUUCCUACUCCUAUUCUGAUAAAGGGAAGAAGGCUUCAAACUGUGUGACUGAAGACUAUGGGGAGGGCUUUGAUGAAAAUGAUGUCAUCGGCUGCUUCAUCAAUUUCGAGGCUGAAGAAGUGGAGAUUUCCUUUUCUAAAAAUGGCAAGGACCUUGGUGUGGCUUUCAAGGUCAAUAAGGAUUCAUUGGCUGACAAAGCCCUGUUCCCUCAUGUUCUUUGUCACAACUGUACUGUUGAGUUCAAUUUUGGUCAGAACGAGACGCCAUUCUUCCCCAAGUUGGAGGACUUCACCUUUAUGCAGCAGAUUCCUCUGGAAGAGCGUAUCAGAGGUCCUAAAGGACCCGGGGCCAAGAAAGACUGCGAGGUGAUUGUUAUGGUCGGCCUUCCUGGAUCUGGAAAAACUACCUGGGUAAUUAAGCAUGUUGAAGAGAAUCCUGGGAAGUUCAACAUCCUCAGCACCAACACAGUCUUGGAGAAACUGAUGAUUAACAGCGUAAAGAGGCAAAACAAAGACAUAACAAAACUUAUGGCCAUUUCCCAGCGUGUUCCUUUUUACCUGGGCAAGUUGAUUGAAAUUGCUGCCCGCAAAAAAAGAAACUACAUUUUGGAUCAGACGAACGUCUCUUCAGCAGCCCAAAGAAGGAAGAUGUGUCUGUUUGCUGGUUUCCAGCGCAAAGCUGUAGUGGUCUUUCCCACAGAUGAAGACUUAAAGGAGAGAGCGCAGAAGAAGGCAGAAGCGGAUGGUAAAGAUAUACCUGAGCACGCCCUUCUCAAAAUGAAAGCUCUCUACACGCUUCCAGAACAAGGGGACUGCUUUUCAGAGGUCACCUAUGUUGAGCUGCAGAAGGACGAGGCCACCAAGCUUUUGGAGAAGUACAAGGAAGAGAGUAAGAAUGCUUUGCCUCCAGAGAAGAAGCCCAACCAGGGACCCCCAACCCCCAAACGGGGAUCCCGACGAGGCAGAGGGCAAAAGAACCAGUUCAACAGGAGUGGUGGUGGUAGUGGUCAAGGCAAUCGUGGAGGCAGGGGUGGAUUCCAGGCCAGAGGAAACUACAGAGCCUUGCUUGCACCACCCCGUGUUAGUGGAUUUGAUCGUCGCCCACGGGGUUACAUUCUGCCACCUCCACCACCACCACCAGUCUACAGAGGUUUUCCUAGCAGAGAGGGUUACAGCAGAGGAGGGUCUGGUGGGAUGCAGAGCAGGGGAAUGUCUCCGCGCGGUGGACAGAUGAGGGGUAACAUGGCUAGCAGAGGUGGUGGAAUGAGCCGCGGAGGACAUGCCAACAGAGGAGGAAACAUGCACCACCGCGGAGGUGGACAAGGUGGUCCCAGCCACAGAGGACACUACCAGCAGAAAUUCCACGGCAGAGGAGGCCACCAGCAGAAUCGUGGAGGUUAUGGCAACAAAAACGGCUCUUUUGCCCAAGCCUUUAACCAGAGCUGGCAACAAGGGUUCUGGAACCAGAAGCCAUGGAAUCAACAGUACCAUCCAGGAUAUUAUUGAAUGCACAUUUGUAUUAAAGACUCGUGGCCUCUGGUGCGCAGCCACUGAAAAAACAAAACAACCAUCCACUUUUAUGGUCCUUGUUUAAAAUAAUUUUUUAAAAAAGAUAGUCCAUUUUUAAAUAAGAAGCAAGUGGCAAACAAACAUUCCGCCUCUGAAGUAAACAGUCUACGUUUGACGGAUGUGUGAUGGCUUCACGCUCAGAUUUUUUCGUAGAAAAGUUUUUCCUUCCCCUUUAAUUUUGUGUCACAGCUUUGAUUGAUAUUGUUCUAUCAGAAAUCACAGCGUUUGUCUUGUGCGAGUGAUGCUUUGAAUUUCAGGGUUAUGCAUUUUUAUUCUGUAAAAUGUCGUUUUUUUUUUUUUUUUUACGCAAUGUAAAUUAUUAUUUUAUUAUUCGUCAAGGUUUUUUUUGUGCAAGACUUGUGUUCUAGUGUGAAAGAAUCCAUAUAUACGGUCUUUUUGAAGCUUUUGUCAUUAAUGAAGCAACUUCAUGUUCAGUGGAGGAGUGAAAAUAUUGUUCUGGAUUUUUACUUUUUACUGUUUGUUUAAGCCCAGACUGUAACAGUUACUUCAUAGGUUUGCAAUAAACGAUGUGCUUGCUUUUCUA